CCUCGAAUAUACAGGACGGCAACAUUUUGACCAAUCAAAUUCGUCGAUAGUUGUUGUUUACAUCAUGGCGUCCAAAGUUGUGCAGUCUACUACUGAUGAUCAUGAAGAAUCAAAGAAUUCCAAGUCAGACCGAACUAAAAAAUCGGAACUCAUUAGAGAGAUUCACAAACUGGAAGUUCAAAUACAAGCAAUGGAAAGAGAAAAAUCAACACAUAUCUUCAGUAAAAGAAGUGAUUUUCGAGCAGAUUUUCUUCAGUUAGAAGAACAAGAUACAAAUUCUACAUCUGAACGUAAAACCGAAAAAAUAAAAGUCCGACAACAAUUAGAGAAAAUAUCCCACAUGGUGAAACGAUUUCAAAGAGAAUUAAAAGAUGUUAAACCUACACCAGAAUUUGUAGAAAAAUUAAAAUUAAUAAUGGAAGACAUUGAAGGAACAAUCAAUUCUUUUAAAGAACAACAAAGAUACAAAUAUGAAGAGUUAUUGAAGGAGGAGAGAAAUACGUAUUUAGAGAUCAAGAAUCUAGAGAAAAGAUUUGAAACAUGGUCUCAAUCAUCUGGUUCUAUAUCAUCCCGUCCUGUUUCAGGUCGACCAGUAACUAGUGCUAGAGAUAUUACGAAAGAUUUACCGCCAGAAGUUGCUGCAUUCGAGAGGUUUUUACAGCAGACGGGUGGAGUACGAGGAGGAUGGGAUGAAUACGAUCAUCAAACAUUUCUAAAGUUUAGACAGAAAUACAAGGGAAGGAUUGUGUUCUUGGAUCAACUGCCAUCUGCUAUUCCAACUAAAACGGAAACAGAAAUACGGGAACAUGAAAGUUGGUAUCAGGAAUUUCUUUUUUUACAAGAUAAUAAAAAAUAUGCCAUUAAAAAAUGGAGAGAGAAAAAAGAGGAUGAAAAAGAUGAUGUUUUAUCUAAAGCUGGUCAAGAUGAAGAAAUAGAAAUAGAAACAGAAAAGAAAAAACAACAAAAAUAUUUAGAAAAAUUACAAGAGGAGAAAUCUGUCCGCUGUGCUCAAGUUAAUGCAUGGAAGGUAAGUUGGAUGUAG